AUGGAAGGAGAUUCAUUAUAUUCGAUAAAGUGGUACAAAGGCAAGAGAGAAUUCUAUCGCUACACACCGAAAGAACCGCAAUCUAUUAAAACAUUUCCCGUGGCUGGAAUCAGUGUUGAGACGACUUCAUCGAACGAUACGCAGGUUGUGAUAUCACAAGUAGACACAAAUAUUUCAGGGAAAUUCUCAUGCGAAGUUUCUGCCGAUGCUCCUCAUUUCAAUACGAUGCUUGUGUCGGGAGACAUGCAAGUCGUUGAAAUUCCAGAUGCGAAGCCAUUCAUUGACGGUAUAAUGACGAGAUAUCGUCCGGGUGAUGAGUUGAAGGAAAAUUGUACAAGCCAAUUUUCCAAACCAGCUGCAAAUUUAUCAUGGACAGUCAAUGACGUGCUGGCGCCAGCUUCACAAUUGAUAAUUUAUAAAUUAUCGAGAAACGACAGCAAUUUAGAAUCAACAAUUUUAGGUAUACACUUUCCAAUUACUCAACAACAUUUCGUGCGAGGGAAAUUGAAGCUCAAAUGUACAGCAAAAAUUCAUGAAAUCUAUCAACAGACUGAAGAACGCGUGAUAGAAGAAGUUCGUCCAAAAAUUCUUGCAACUGGAACAUCAAACAUGAACAUGUAUCACAGCGUGUAUGACGGUGAACAGUUGACUGAUCCGAAUGUGGGAAUGACACACUACAAA